AAGCAAUCCUUAAUUUUUGGUCCUAAAAAAAAGUAAAUAAAAAAAAUUUUUAAAUUUUGAAUUAAAUUAAAAAUAAGAAAUUUUAAAAUGUCAAAAAAUCAGUUACCAGACUCAUCAUCAUCUCCUUCUUCAAGUCAUUUAAAUAUUCAUAAUCUUGAAGAAAGUUUGUUAGCUUCUGAUUUCACAUCUUCAGUUUAUGUAGAUCAGCAUAAUAUUUACAACAACAAUAAGCAGAAUUAUAACACACUCAAUGCAAAUUUGAAGCAAUCUCAACAACAAUAUUUAAUUCAGCCAGAAUAUUUGGACUCUUCUUCAGGCCCCGUUUUACAGCAGCAAUUUCAACAUUGUUCUACUGUUCUUUGCGAUAAGUCGCCAAAGCAACAAUCAAUCCCCAGAGAAAGAAAACGAAUGCAAAGUAACAUAAAUUCGGCUUUUGAUGAACUGAGAAUUCAUGUUCCUACAUUUCCGUAUGAAAAACGUCUCAGUAAAAUUGAUACAUUACGCCUAGCUAUCGCUUACAUAGCUCUGCUACGAGAAGUUCUACAAGUAGAUUGCGAUCCUUUAACAUAUGUUGAGAAAUGCUUAAAAGGUGAAAUAAAAGCUGACAACGCUCACUGGAAUACCAGCGAUUUAACAGCUCGGUUAUCAUGGAUAAAUUGGGAAAAUUUGGGUGUAUAUCGAGGUCGCAGAUCAUUAUUCACAUCUCUUGCUUUGUCUUCUGAACCGUGGGGUGGAUGUGAUCCUCUUAUGUAAUUUUAAAAGCUGGGAAACAAAGUCAAAAAUUAAAAAAAAUUAAUUAUGUAAUCACAAAUGUUACCUACAUAUUCAAUAUUUAAAGGAACUUCAAUAUUCAUCGUUUUAUUAAUAUUAAGUUAAACAUAACAAUUAUAAUCAAUCAUCUUUUUAAUAUAAUACUUAAUCAUUAAUUAAAAACAAAGUGUAACCAUUAAUUAUUAAUUAAAUAAAGAAAUGAAAGAAUGUUGUCGGAAGCUAAAGCUCAAAAGUUAAUUUGCUUAAAUUUGGAUUUUUUCUUUCAGUAGUUUAAUAAAAAGUUCAAAUAUUUAUUUGAAAUUUCCGACUCUGGAAAAACCCAUUUUGAAUUCAAAAUUGUCGAUUUAUCGUUUGGAUAAAUUAUUUUGUUGAUAAGGGAGCUCUUUGCUUCAGAAGAUAAUUUCUUUAAAAGAAGCAUUCAAGAAUUGUCAAUAUUGGUACAAAUUGUCAAUAUUGACAAAUAAUCUCUUAUAAAUUUUGAUGAAAACUGAGCCCAUUAUAAGAAAAAA